GGCGAUAUCUAAUCUUUUUCUGUUUUCAGAAAACGAUAAACUGUCUUAAAUGAUAGCUACCUAUUCCCGACAUACUAAAGUACAACCUUUGUGAGGUGGAAAAAUGGGUAACGGUGAGUCUGUGGUGAACAUGUAUCCGUCUAAUAUUCGAUUCACUCACGACAGCAUUCAAUCCAAUUUCAGCGAUGGACACUCCAUCCCAGAAACAUUUCGUCAAAUUCUGUGGAAAAAGCUAACUGUUGAGGAUUUGCCAUUGAUUGAAGUUAUGAAAUAUGGAGGAGAGUGGUUCGUUGUACGGGGGAAUAGAAGGUUGUUUUUAUUUAAAGAGUUAGAGAAAAGAGGUCUGUUAUCUCAGGUCAAAGUUCAAACAAGAAAUUUUGAUCAGUAUCUCUUUCAAACACAACACACAUCUUCGAAUAAAGGAAAAACCGUUUUGAUCCGUGGUUAUCGCCAUCAUGCAGUGAAGCAAGAACUAGAUGAGAUAUGGUCUGAAUACCAGCGAGAGACCUCUCGUUGUGCAAUCAUGUGAUAGAAACGACAGCAGAAGUGUUUCAGGAGUACAUGCGUACAUGUUAAGUGAUAUAAAUUGCAUGAAAUAAAGAUUAGAAGAAAUCCACAA